AUGUCGACCUAUAAACCGAACACACCUCUAUCUCCUGCCUCGAAAGAACAGAAGAAUACCUACAAGGAUGUCAUAAAUAAGCCCAAAUCAGGGAGUCCUCCCAUACAUUAUCCAUUCUGGUUCGGUGGCUCUGCUGCUGCUAUAGCAGCCAUUGUUACACAUCCGCUUGACCUAGUCAAAGUACGCAUGCAAACGCGCGCUCCCGAUGCUCCAAAGUCCAUGCUCGGAACCUUUGGUCACGUUUUCAAAAAUGAAGGUCUGAUGGGUCUAUACAAUGGUUUGAGCGCCUCUCUACUACGCCAACUUACCUACAGUACCGUUCGUUUUGGCGUCUACGAGGACCUUAAGAUACGUUUUGCGCCCGAGCCCACCCUAGAUAAUCCUAACCCAAAACCUUCGACCCUGAAUUUGGUACUACAGUCGUCCUUGGCAGGAUUUUUGGGUGGUAUAGCUGGAAACCCCGGCGAUGUUCUGAACGUUCGCAUGCAGUCGGAUUUUGCAAAACCACCAGCCGAAAGAAGAAACUACAAGCAUGCAAUAGACGGCCUGAUUCGCAUGAUCAGAGAAGAAGGUCCUUUGUCUCUGUUUCGCGGAGUGGAAGCGAAUGCCUCUCGUGCGCUGCUUAUGACCGCCUCUCAAUUGGCUUCCUAUGACCUCUUCAAGCAGUUCUUCCUGGGCAUGGGAAUGGGCGACAACAUAACCACUCACUUCAGCGCGUCCCUAAGUGCUGGCUUCGUGGCCACAACGGUUUGCUCUCCAGUGGACGUGAUCAAGACACGUAUCAUGAGUGGCGCAGACAAACAAAGCAUCGCCGAGAUCUUCAGGUCUGCCACGCAAAAGGAGGGGUACUUGUGGAUGUUCAGAGGUUGGGUGCCGAGCUUCAUCAGAUUAGGGCCUCAUACAAUCUUCACCAUGAUCUUCUUUGAGCAGCACAAGAAGUUGUAUAGACAGUGGAAAGGUUUGGAUUAG